CGAGCGAGAGGCCGCGUUGGGCUAUUAUUGCACAUGGACUUUUCGUGCUUUCACUGUAUGGGCCAGUCGGCCCAAUUAAAAACGAUUGGCCCAUCUUGCAAACUUCGACGAAAGGGAAUAAGGAAAAAAAGAAAGAAAACGAAUCUACCGGUGCGCGUGCACCUGGCGCACUCUCUUCGUUCUCUCUCUCUCUCAAGUCUCAAGCAAAAUCCAUUCUCUUUCUCUCCAGCUUCUGAUAAACCCUAGAAAUUUUGGGGGAUUCCUUCUCCAUUUAGCUCCACCGAAAUUCCACCACUAUAGAAAAAAUUACUCUUCCCAAUUCGAUUGGUGAUCGGCUCUUUCGCUUGAGUUGAAUUUUUUUUUUUUUUAGCCAUGGACGAUACCGAAGAUGAUGCUAGGUAUCCACCGAAAGCAUACCCCCACAAUCGAGCAAAGAAGUCGCCUUUAUACUCCCACCGUCCGGCAGCCACUUACUACAACCGCCGGGAUUACGUCGAGGACGAGGAGGACGACGAUUUCGAAGACGAGAACGGCGUCGCGUACUCCGACGACGACGCCAACGAUUUCGAGCAGAACGAGGAGUACGGGAGGUACCCCAAGAGGCAGAAGCUCAAGAAGUCGGUCCCCAAUUACGAAUUCGUGGCGCGGGCCCCGAGGACGACGAGCAUUCACAACCACGGGGAAGCCGAUUUCGCGGUGGAAGGGUGGAGCGAGCAGGAAAAGUUCGUUCUUUUGGAGGUUUGGGGGGAGAGGUUUCUGCAGUUGGGCAGGAACAGCUUGAGGUCCGCGGACUGGACCGAGGUCGCCGCGAAAGUGUCCGAGGCGCUGAAGAUCCAAAGGAAUGAAGCCCAGUGCAGGCAGAUGAUGGAUUCUCUGAAGAGGAGGUACAGGAAGGAGAAGGGCAAAGGUGGGUUGAAUUCUAAAUGGGCGUUUUAUAGGAAGAUGGAUAUGCUGAUGAGGCAAGAGAAUGGACAUGUAGGGAGUAGUAGUGGUGGGUUUAGUUUGUCUUGUGGUGUGGAUUCAGGGCAGUAUGUUUUUACGGAUACUGGAGUGUAUUUGGAACGUGCCAACAUGAAUGAUGAGAUGAGGGAUAGUCCGUGUGAAUCCGACGAGGAAGAUGAAGAUGAUGAGGAAGAAGAGGAUGCGGGGGAGCUUAGUGGUGAUAUGUUCAAAGGUCUGACUGUGUUGGCGGAUUCGGUUCAUAAGUUUGGUGAGAUAUAUGAGAAGAUAGAGAGCAGUAAGAGGGAGCAGAUGUUGGAAUUGGAGAGAAUGCGGGUUGAUUUCCAGAGGGAAUUGGAGUUGCAGAAGAAGCAAAUCUUGGAGAGGGCUCAAAGUGAGAUUGCUAAAAUCAGAGAAAGGGAAGAAGAGGAGGAAGAUGAUGAUGAUGAUGAGGAUAGUGAUACGGGUUCUGAUCGUGAUGGUGGUGGUGGUGACAAUGAAGAUGGGGUGGAGACGGAAGGGGACACUGACAGUGGCGGCAAUGAUUCGGGUGUGAAUGUCAGCGAAUAAUGUGAGUAAUAUUACUGGUUAUGGCUGUUGAGAAUGUUGUAUAAUUGCACCUAGUUUUAGACUUUAUUGCUGAGAAAUCUGGAGAUGCUUGUGGCUCUUAUAUUGGAGGAAGAGCUUCUCGUUGCAGUUUUUUGUGAUAUUCUUAUGCAGUGAUGAAAUUCGUGUUCAUUUUAAAUUAAUGAAAGAAUAUUGAUUUUGCCACUGGAGGUGGUUAAUUGACAUGAGUCUGUGCAAUAUGAUGUGAAGAUCAUAGUUAGGAACUGAAAGGAACAUAGAAAACGCGAGAACUGGUAUGAAACACAUUGGUUGAGCAGCAAGCUUUUAUCAACAUAGAUGAUGGAGCUUGAUUGUUUAAAUUAAAAAUCCAGUUGAGACUUGAAUGCUUGUUGGACUGUCGGUUGUUAACUGUACUCGAGUAUGAAACUGGUGUCAACUGCAUUCAUAAAAUCCAGCUUGAUGUAUGAAUACUUCCUAUUACCUUAUAACUUUCUUAAGUUGUGCUAACAGUGUUCCCAGGCCCCAGCUGUUCGAUAAUUGACACUCUGUGUGUUCGAUAAUGACUGUCUUACAUUUAAUCCAUAAAUACCCACAUUCUCUUGCUCUGAAGAUUUGAUCCUGAUAUGUGCGUUAGUAAUUGCAAGCAACUGCAGUUUUCUGUGGAGAUUUGAUCUUUAGCAACCUUCAUAAUAAAACCACUUUAACCAGUACCCAGGCUUUAGGACCUACAUUCUGGUGGUAUAUAAUGUGCUAUUAGUCGGUGUAAUGAAGUGAUUACAACCUU